GGCUGGCGGCCAUUUUCUCGUAGGGGACGCUACCAUCAGGAACAGGAGUGGAGCUGGCCGCAUGGAGUGGCAGUACUACGAGCAGUGUUGCAGUAUAUUUGGCCACACAGCACUUGCCACUCCGGUGAGCAUGUCAUCAAGCAUUGCAGCUGCUGAAACAAGGCAGGUACCAGUGGCAGAGACAAGCCAGUCCUGUGCUGCGGAAUCCAUUCCAAAUCCUGUGCCACUAUCUCAGUCCCCACCAUCGUCCUUGCUGUUACUUGGUGAGGAUGAGGACACACAACAGACGGAAGGCGUUGUCACUGAGGCAAACAUUGUGCCUGAUACAAGAACUGAGGGCAUCGCAACAACACCCAAUGUGGCAGUGGAAGAAACGCAGGCUGGGCCCAGUCAGCGCCGGAUUCCAGGAACGACGCCCUUACGUGGAAACAUAUAUAAUGUUCCCGUAAGGAGACGCCGUCCCAACAAAACGGAACAAGCAUCUCGAAUAAUGACGACUGUCUUAGCAGAGAAACUUGAGCAGAUGGACGCAGCCAUGGCAGCUCGAGAGGAUGCCCGCCUUGAGCGCUUCCUGCAGGCUCAGCAGGACAUGAAUAAUUCCCUGAUGGCCCACAUUACUAUGGAUACAAGGGAAUACAUGAGGGAAAUGCAGUCAUUUCAAACGUCAUUAUUUGAAAAAAUGUUUGCCAUGAGGGAACGUCCACACACAAUGGCACCUCAGCAACCACCUACAAACAUCCCUCAACACUAUCCGCACUAUGGCCCUUCAUCCUACUAUGACCAAACCCAACAUCAACACACCCACCCUCAAUUUACCCAUCCUCCACAAACCUACCCUCAAUAUACUCAGCCUCCACAAACCCACCUUCAAUAUACCCAGCCUCCACAAACCCACCCUCAAUAUACCCAGCCUCCACAAACCCACCUGAAUCUGACCAUCCCCCACAUUCACAACCACCUCCUGAUAUGGAGACAACUCCUGACUCUCCUGUUUACAGGAUGUUACCUUGAGAGGUUAUUGUUUCUAUUGUUUAUUUCAUUUAAUAUUUGAUAAUGCAAGUGUAUUGCAAACAAUGUUGAUGCAAACGUUUUUGAAACCAAGGUUUUAUAUUAUAAAAAUUUAUAAGGUCUAUGACUGGUUCUAAA